AUGCGUUCUCCAUACCCAAAGAUGGUUGAAAGGGAAGAGGACACAAAAGAGAGCGCGCUCGACCAGGAUAAAUCGACUCCUCAUUUCGACGCCAGCAUGAAGACGUCACCGUCUGGAGGCGGUAUGCUUGCCAUUGGUCUUUUUGGCAGACCAGUUAACGACAUCUCCACUUGGAAACCAACCGAAUGGCUUUCUAGUCCCUGGAGUUUCAUAGUACCGACAAAAGACGGCGAAAAGGCCGCGUGA